AUGUGCAUUGGAAUUGAACUGUAUGAAAUGCAAUAUGGCCGCGAUUUGGCCACAAAUGCGAUCGCAAUAGCUGCUAUUGUGUUCCGGGGCGGCGCAGUCUCUUGCGGCGACGCACCACAACGCCCAUACGGCGCAGCUCACGGUGCUAUUGCGGCGCUAUUAACUACUAUCGAUAAUGAAGUUGAAUGCUGUUCAUAUUUCAAUACAGGUUUUAUUCUUGACCCUGCAAAAUGUGGUGAGCUGAAUUUGCAAGACAAGCAAAGGCUAGUCCAUGAGAUUGCUAGAGUAUCAAAAGAUGCCCCAAAUAUGCUUCAAUCCUUUACACGCAGGGAACUUCUAGAAAUAAUCUGUGCUGAAUUAGGCAAAGAGAGGAAGUACACAGGAUAUAAUAAGAGUCAAAUGAUAGAACAUCUUCUGAAGAUAAUUUCCAAGAAAUCCAAUUUGCACAUCAUCCAAAAUACUCCUACCAAUUCUCCUGCCAAUAGUUGCAUUGGAUCUAAAAGGAAAAGAGGACCUCCAUCUCAUGAUUUACAUCAUGCUCCUCUCGGGAGCAGUAAAGAGGAAACAGUGAAAAUCACAUUGUGUCAGAACGUAGCAUGCAGAGCUACAUUGAAUCCAGAAGAUUCUUUUUGCAAGAGAUGUUCUUGUUGUAUAUGUCAUUGUUAUGACGAUAACAAGGAUCCUAGUUUGUGGUUGACCUGCAGCUCUGAUCUUCCCAAUGAGGAGUCAUGUGGAAUGUCAUGCCAUUUGCAAUGUGCCUUGAAUAAUCAAAUUUCUGGUAUUUUGAAGGGCAGUUGCGGAAUAAAGUUGGAUGGAAGCUUCUAUUGUGUUUCUUGUGGAAAAAUUAAUGAACUAAUGAGGACAUGGCGAAAGCAAUUAUUGGUUGCCAAAGAAGCAAGAAGAGUGGAUAUACUUUCUUUGCGAAUAUUUUUGGCCCACAAAAUUCUUGUAGGAACGGAAGUCUACAAGGAAGUGCAGAAGAUUGUAGAAUCUGCUCUCAAAUUACUGGAGAAUGAAGUGGGACCUCUGGAUCAUGUAUAUGCAAGGAUGACACGUGGAAUUGUGAGCAGGCUCUCAUGUGGUGCUGAGGUUCAGAAGUUGUGCUCCACUGCAGUUGAAUGUUUUGAUUCAAAGUUUUCUGACCUCUUCUCUAAUUGUGUGGAAAAGAAAGAUGCAGCAACAUGCUCUAUACGUUUUGAAGAGUGUCUUCCUACCUCAGUGGUCAUUGUGCUAGAAUACAAAGAUAAACUUUUAAAGAACUUUCUAGGCUGCAGGCUUUGGCACCGAAUAUCAACAACGGACUACCCUGAACAACCCACCUUCAUUGUUUUGAGGCCUGAGAAAAGAUUCAAGUUAGAAAACCUCCAUCCUUCAACUGAGUACUUUUGCAAGGCUUCUCUCUUCAGCAGCACAGGGAUUUUGGGUGCAGCAGAAGCUAAAUGGGUGACACCUUAUGAACCCACAAUUUCUCCUUCAAAAGACCAAAUUAAGAUAACUACUGAAAAUCAUCAGGUAGAAUCUCUCAACUCUGACAUAAAGUUAUCAUCUGGAGACCAUCCUGCAAAAGACCUCUUUUUGAACAUCAGGGGCAGGUUUGAAGAAUUCCUCACCAAGCCUCCAUCAGUCGAACUUUUUUCAUAUAGAAAUUUUGCUGCGGUUUCACCUUCCACACCUUCUAAACCCAAUGAAAUGAGGCAAUUUACUGGAUUGAGUUCUAGAAAGCAAUUGCAGGAAAAUGAUUACGAGUAUUCUGUCAGGGUAGUCAAAUGGUUAGAGCAUCAAGGACACAUAGAUGAAAUCUUCAGAGUAAAAUUUCUCACUUGGUUCAGCCUCAAGGCUACACAGCAGGAGAGAAGGGUUGUUAGUGCUUUUGUUGAUGCGUUGAUUGAUGACCCAGCAAGCUUGGCGGACCAGCUCAUACACACUUUCACCGACGAGAUAUAUUGCGAGCAAAAACCUUAGUGGUUCAACACUAAAUAUUUGUUUUGGUUGAGUACACUUAAGUUUAUAUUGCACUGGGUACUUAGAAAGUUAUUUACAAUUUGUGGGAGUUGUAGGGGCAGUCCAUGGAUCAGGUUUUCCAAUUGUUUUUCCGAUGGGAGGUGGGGUGCAUUGCUUUUUUUUGUCUUUACCAAU